AUGGAACCCUCAAGUAGCAGGAAGCAGUCCACAAAUAUUAGCGGGAUUGAAAUGAUUGAUUCCAGCGAGAACGUUGACGCCAUUCAGAAAGCGAUAGGAGCAUUUGGCAAAUAUCAGUUUUUCCUAUGUUUUCUUAUGUUCCUUAUCAAGUUUCCCGUAGCCUUCCACGGAAUGGCUAUAAUAUUUUUGGCUCCAAAGACUGAUUAUCUUUGCUUGGAUAAUGACCUCCAAAAUUCUUGUCCAUGUUCAAAUCCCAAAUAUGAUAAAUCAGUUUUCAAAAAUACAAUUAUAAUGGAAUGGGACUUGAUUUGUGAAAAGAAAUGGAUGUCGAGUUUUACUCAAACUCUUUUCCAAUUGGGUACUUUGAUAGGUAGUGUUGUGUUUGGAAUCGCAUCUGACAGGUAUGGAAGAAAAAAUCCUUUGUUAGCAGCGAUUGUUUUACAAUUUGUGAUGGGAUUAGUUGCAAGUUUCCUAGCGGAAUUCUGGUCUUUUACAUUUGUACGAUUUUUCGUUGGAGUAUCAGUGGGAGGUACAAUGGUUACAAGUUUUGUAAUUCUUAUGGAAAGCGUUGGUUCCCAAUAUAGGGACGUAAUUUCAGCCCUCUAUCAUGUGCCUUUUAAUAUGGGUCAUAUGCUCCUACCCGUCUUUGGAUAUUUUAGAAGAAGCUACGACAAAUUUCAGCUCGCCAUUACCAUUCCCAAUGUAGUUCUAUUGUCGUACGUUAUUCUUGUAACUGAUACACCCAGAUGGUUAAUUGCAAUGAAAAGGACAGACGAGGCUGUAAAAAUAAUAGAGAAAGCAGCAAAGAUGAACAAUCUACCCACGGAAAAUUUAGCUCAAAAAAUAGGAGAAUACCAAAAGGAAAUAGAGAAACAUAAUUUAAAGAAAGGCAGUAUUUUGGACUUAUUCCGAACACCAAAUUUGCGAAAGAACAUACUGGCGAUGUCGUUUAACUGGUUAACGUGCAGUUACUGUUUCUAUGGUGUUUCGCAAUACGUUGGUCAGCUGGGUGGUAAUUUGUUUGUGAAUGUGGCUGCUAGUGCCGGCGUAACUAUGUUAGGAACAUUUUGUUCUAUUCCAUUGAUGAAGGUACUGGGCCGUCGGACUAUUUUGAUAGUAUUCAACUUUAUCUGUGCGGGAGUCUUAAUAAUUCUCUCUGUGCUACCGCCCGGAUCCUGGUCUGUUGUGUGUGCUUGUGUUGGCGUCGUCACUAGUUUUGUGGUGUUUGUAGUAGUGUACCUGCACUGUACUGAGUUGUUUCCUACAGUGGUACGAAAUGCUGCGAUAGGAUUUUCUUCCAUGAUGGCUAGAGUAGGUUCAAUGAUAGCGCCAUUUGUCGUGGGACUUGGUGAUACGUCGCCAUUCUGGGCAGCCCUCACCUUUGCAGUAGUACCAUUAUGUGCUGGAUUUGUUUCAUUUUUGCUGCCGGAAACGAAAGGGAAUGAACUAAUGACGACGUUGGAUGAGGGAGAAAAAUUUGGAAAGAAAACAAAGAAUGUAUUCCAAAAGUGA